CUCUCUCUCUCUCUCUCUCUCUCUCUCUCUCGAUUCUAGCCGAACUUUUGUGCUGCACCGAUCAAUUUGUUUCUCUCUUCCGAAUCUAAAUUAACCAAUAAUAAACUCUGCUCUGAUCUGACCCAAGAAGACGAAGAAGGAAGAAGAAAGAAGAAAAUUCAGAGACAUAAAGUCGCCGGCGAGACGGGAUGGCUUCCCGUCUCUUCGCGUGCUUCGGGAUAAGAUCCUCGUCAUCGUCGAGGACGAGUGCAUCGUCCCUGGAGAACCCGACGGCCGACCAGACGACAGAGGAAUUGAAGAGAAGUGGACCCGUCUUGGUCGAGCUAUUCUCGUCUCAGGGUUGCGCCACCUCUCCGGAGGCGGAGCUCUUGAUGUCAAGACUCGGGAGAGGUGAUUUCGGGGAGGAGGUGACGAUGCCGGUGAUCGUGCUGGCUUACCACGUGGAUUACUGGGACUUUAAGGGUUGGAAGGACCCAUACGCUUCCAACCAAUGGACAGUCAGGCAGAAGGCUUACGUGGAGGCAUUGAAUCUGGACACCAUGUUCACGCCGCAGGUGGUGGUUCAGGGCAGAUCACAUUGCAUGGGGACCGAACAAGAUUCUCUCUUCUCUCACAUCUCUUCCGCCCCUCGCUUCCCCUCUCCCACCUUUCAGGCAACGUUCGAAAGGCCUUCGACAGACACCUUGCAGGUCACUCUAACAGGAGCUCUAAGAACAAAGGUGGACAGCAAUGGCGCCGAUGUGUUGGUAGCUCUAUACGAGAAUGGGUUAUUGACCGACUGCCCCGCCGGAGACAACCGAGGUCGUGUUCUAUCAAACGACUUCGUGGUUCGAAAACUCGAAAAGCUUUGCAGUGUCAAAGACAUUUCUGCCAAGAAAACAGUGAAUGGCACUGUCAAUUUCUCUCUCUGGGAUGGGUUUAACAGCAACAAGUCCGGUGUUGCAGUCUUUGUUCAGAACAAAUCUUUUCACACUUUUGGUACUCAGAAUUUCAGCUUGCCAGAAAACCUCUAAAGCUAAGGCUAGAUAUCUAAAUCUGUAAUUCUCUCUCUCUCUGGAUCUUUUAUGUUCUGGCCGUGAUAUGACUUUGGAGCUUAGAGCGUGUUCUUCAUAUUCUUUCCUAUUACUAUUCUUUCUUUUCUUCUAAUAUGAUUUCU